CUGAUGAGGAGGUCAUGGCAGGUGUUAUUACAUGCAUUGAUAAGAUGACACCUGAUCCUGAGUUGAGAGACAAGGUUCUUGAUGAGUUGGAGAUCUACAAAAGUGCAGAGGGGAGACUCUUCUCAUCACAACUAGCAAUUGAUAGGAGAGGAAAACAACAACCAGAUUUAUGGUGGGAGAAUUAUGGUGCCGGCACGCCUAAUCUUCAAAAGAUAGCUAUCCGUGUUUUGUCUCAGCCAUGCAGUGCUUCUGGGUGUGAACGAAAUUGGAGUGUCUUUGAAAGCAUUCACACAAAGAAGAGAAAUAGAUUGUCACAAAAGCGGCUCAAUGAUCUAGUAUUUGUUCGGUACAACCUUCGCCUUCGAGUUAGACAGGUGGAGGGUGUUUCACAUGAGGCCAUUGACUUGGAUGAAAUUGAUCCAUAUGGUGAUUGGACCAUGAAUGAACAAAAUGAUGGUGAUGAUGUCCUCCUUACCGAAGAAGAAAUUGCAGAAAUAGAGAGAGGAGCAGCACAAGAUGCAGAAGGAGCAAGAUUGGAUGAAGAUGAGGACGAAGAUGAGGAUGAUGAUGAGGACUAUGACUUUGAAGAAGAAUCAUCUCACCAUUUAGAUACCACAACACCCACUGCUACUACUUCUAGCUCAAGGCCUGAAAAAUUGAGCUAUAUUAGGAAAAAUACAAAGAGGAAGAUGUAGUCUUCUCUUUGGUUUGUUCAUUCACAUUGCUGUUUUUCACAUUUGCAGUUGGACUUGGACAUAUCAUUAUAUGUAAUUUUGUGAACAUUUAUAUACUUAUGCUGCCAUUAUAGUAUUAUACAUUUUAGAGUUGAAACUUGAAACUUGAAUAUGCUGCCAUGAAUGAUGAAAUUUCAAA